CAAUUCCAUUCAGCCUUCAUAAAUGCAAAAAACAUAUCUAGUGCCAUUCAGAAGUUCCACAACCUGGCACAGCGUUCCAAUAUCCCCAAGAUGCCACUCGAACUCCAUCCGAUAACCGAAUGUGACUUCUCGGACGUCACGCGCAUCCAAUUAGCCGCAUUCGACUCCGGAAUCGCGCACAUGUUAUUCCCUGACCCUAUGACGCCUGAGAAAUUCCAAGAAUCCGUGGAUAGGCAUGUCAAAUGCUUCAAGAGUGAACCAGAUGUGCAUUACCUCAAAGUCAUUGAUACGGACCAGAAUGGGAAAAUGAUCUCAGCGGCAAAGUGGAGAAUUAAUGAGACUGAGAGGACAGAAGAGGAGAUUCAGACGCAAUUGCCUACACCGGGCAGGGGCGGUGAGGCAACGCCUGCCGCUGUGGCGUUCCGGCAGCAUUUAUGUGAUAGCCGGAAGGAGUUUAUGGGAACGAAACCGUUCUAUUAUCCAGAGCAUCAUCGCCGAGGAGCUGGCGCAAUGUUAGUGAAAUGGGGGAUCGAAAAGGCCGAUCAGGCACAAUUGCCUUCAUAUCUCGAGGCAUCGGAAAUAGGAAAGGUACUGUAUGUAAAACUGGGGUUUUAUCCAGUGAAGGAACGACUUUUUGAUAUGACGCAGUAUGGCGCAGAUGGCAUCGACUGCAAUACUGUCAUGCUACGGGAUCCGCCAAAGUAG